AUGUCCUACCAGCAAGAGCUCUACGUGGCAGAACUAGCAGUACAGAGAGCCACUUUGUUCACGCAGAAAGUAUUCCGCGAAAAAACAAAAGGCACCCUAUCCAAGGAUGACAAGUCCCCUGUCACGAAGGGCGAUUUUGGUGCACAGGCUUUGAUUAUCCAGGCUAUUCGCAAGAAUUUCCCAGACGAUGAGAUUGUUGCGGAGGAGGAAGCGACUGCCCUCAGAGGAGACAAGCCAUUGAGCAAUGAAAUUUGGGGUCUGCUCAAAGAUAUUAGGCUAGCUGACGAGGAAAGUGAGAAGGUUCUUGGUGGACCAUUGCAGAGUGAGGAGGCUAUGCUGGACAUCCUCGACCAGGGGAAAAGUGCUGGAGGACCACAUGGGAGAAUAUGGGCUUUGGAUCCCAUCGACGGCACAAAGGGGUUUCUCCGUGGAGGCCAAUAUGCCGUUUGCCUCGGCUUGAUUGUGGAUGGGGACGUUAAAGUAGGAGUCAUCGGUUGCCCCAAUUUGCCAGUGUCUGACUCCGCGCCGAUCCCCAUAGACCUGAAUGCUCAGCAAGGCGGCGAGGAGAGCGGGGUACUCUUUUCUGCAAUACUUGGUAAGGGAGCCUCGAGCCGCCCCUUAUCUGAAGGGAAAUUGCAAAAGAGCAAAUCUCUCUUGAUGAAACCAGUGCCAGAUAUUACACAGGCUUCACUUUGUGAAAGUGUUGAGGAAGCGCAUUCCGCACAAGGUGAUACCGCUGCUGUGGCUAAGAUGCUAGGGAUCAGUGGCACACCUGUGCGGUUGGAUUCGCAAGCUAAAUACUGCUCCAUCGCUCGAGGGGCUGGCGAUAUUUACCUUAGACUGCCCACGAGAAAGGAUUAUCAAGAGAAGAUUUGGGACCAUGCUGCGGGGGACUUGUUAGUCCGCGAGGCUAGAGGAAUGACGACCGAUAUCCACGGCAACAGACUUAACUUUGGCAAAGGGAGAACGUUGGCUGACAACAAGGGGAUCGUUGCCGCCCCGAAGGCUAUCCAUGACCAAUUGCUUAACGCCGUGCAGAAAGUGCUGAAAUUGAAAUAA